AACUUCACACACAUGCAGUUGAUAAAAGCGAACAUCGAUUUUUCUUUUUUUUCAAUCUCUUAGUGAUAAGAAAGAUUUAUUUAAUUUAAGCAAAACAAAUAUUCAGGAGACUCAGAAACUGCGCUAAUACAUGACACUUCAGUUGAUGAAAUAAAAAUUGUUUUUUGUAAAUAAUGUCCAAUCCGAUUUCAAAUGGACCAGAGCAGCGUGGGAAGACCCUUCCUUUCCAGAUGGAUCAUCUUCCAGAAUAUUUCCAGAAAAAGAGUGAAAUAGAAUUGAAUGAGAAACCUGAAAAUAAAAGUGAAAAGUUACAAGAAUUAAAAACGCUGAUAGCUGGAGACCCAGCAACGAAUGACUUUGAUUUCGAAAAAGAUCUGUUGGUUCAGUACUUAAGGCACAGCAAAUACGACGUCCAGAGGGCUUUCAAACAUAUUCAGAAUUACGUGGCUUUGAGAAGUGUCAACAGCCAUUUAUUUCAAAGCAUUCCGGAUGAAUACUUCCAUUGCACAAACUCAGUUGAAUUUAUUCUGCCACUUCCGGAAAGGAGCCCUGAGGGAUGCACGAUCAUUGUGACUCAAACAGGUAAAUGGAAUCCAGACGAAAUGGUCUAUGAAGAUCUUGUGCGAUUAUCUAUGAUGACUUAUUGUCAACUGAUGCGCGAUCCGAUGACUCAGAUAAAUGGAUUCAAAGUCAUUCACGAUUUCAAAGACACGAAGUGGGAGCACUACAAAUACUGCACUCCGCGGAAUUUGAGAUUCCUCUUCCACGCAACCAUAGACUGUUUUCCAGCAAGAUAUAAAGAAAUUCACUUCAUUAAUGAGUCGUUCGUCAUGAGAAUCGUGUGGAGUAUCAUCAAGAGAUUUUUGUCGGCGAAGAUAAGAAGUAGGGUGUUUCUUCACUCCAGUACAAAAGAAUUACUCGAAUAUUUCCCGCGCUCUUUGCUACCUGUUGAAUAUGGUGGAGAUCUUCAACUGAAUAGCAUGAAGGAGUGGUCCAGAAAAGCUAAUAAAAAUCAAGAAACAAAUACCAUAAAAGGGCAACCAAACUUUUAUUAGAUUCUACUUUUAUAUUAUUUGUUACUAAUUUCUUUACUAUUUAUAGUGUUUGUUAUAAACUUUGUUGCAAAAUAAAUUUGUUAUAAUUGUUUUUGACUAUUUUUAAA